UAUUUUGAGAGCUAUAGGGGUAAAUAUGUAUAUUUAUAAUUAUUUUAAUUAAAUUUUUAAAUAAGAGGCUAUAAAGAGUAAAAUGGGGGCUGUAUUUAAAAUUACCCGAAAUUAAAUGAUUGAGGCCUAACUGAAAAUAAUUAAAGGAAACCAGCUGGCCCACUUCUCCUUCUUCCUCAAAAACGGCUGAACACAAUAAGCCCCCCCCUCUCUCUCUCUCUCAUCGUUUCCGGCAUCACACUCCAGAAACCCGCCGCCUCUCACCCAGGCUUCUGAAAAUCCGACGAGGUCGGCUCUUGCUCAUCUCUGGCAAGGUAGUUGGCUACCAUCCGGCGCCGUCCCUUUCCCCGCCUUCAAUCGAGGGAAAGGCUGAGCCCUAGUUCUAUUGGCUCGGCGAAAUUGCUGCCGCCGCCUGGUCUCGCUCACCCCGCCGUUGCGCCAUCUCAUCUCUCCCGACGAAGACGAAGCCACCACUUCUCUGGAUCGACGCCGCUGCGUCCUUCUUGGCAGGGGAUCGCCGCACCGCCGCUGCUAUUCCAGAAAUCUUUGAGGGUCGCCGCUGAGGUCGGGAGUCGUCCUCCUUUCGCCACUCAACGUCGUCGACCCCGGCUCCACGAGCCACUGCUGAUCUGUCCUAUUAGCGCCGCCGCCACGACCCUUCUCCGACGCGACGGAUCGCCGUUGGGCUUCGUCUACCGCUGCUCUGCGAAUCGGCGAAUCGGCUGCCACUGUGUUAAUUUCUACUGACACGGUGUCAUUUGCGGUGCCGGCGUAAGAAAAAAUCGGUCACCGAAACUAAUUUGAAACAAAAAUAAAACGUUAUGGAAGUCGAUUUUUUAGAUCUGGAGCAAAAAUCAAUUACCCCAUAAUAUAAAAAUAUAAUUCAAUCAUUUAUGACAUGUGACAUCCGGUUCAUGUCAUGACUUUGAAUUGCAGAACCAAUUUGGCGCCGGCAAUCGGCUGUUCCGACCGCAAAAACCUCCGUUUUCUAGUAUUCAUGGCGGCAUCUCAGGCAAGAAACGCUGGGUUGCCGAUAAUCAAUCUUCUCCGCUUGAAAGGAGUGUCCAUUUUGCAGCAAUUGCAUUUGGAAGAGAGGCUGCUGCGGACUUCGUCUGAAAACUGGUGCAUCAUCAACGACGGAACAACCCGCCCCACCAUCGUCAUGGGUGUUUCAGGGAAACCUAAGGAACUUCUUGAAACUGAUGCUGUUCUAAGAGAUGAAAUUCCAGUCAUCCGAAGGUUUACAGGAGGUGGUACUGUUAUUGUUGAUCAGGGCACUAUUUUCGUAUCGUUUAUAUGCAACAAGGAUGUUAUUCCAGGUUUACAAUCGUAUCCUCGACCUAUCAUGUCAUGGAGCAGCCUAAUAUAUAAGAACAUGUUUCAAGGAAUCGGGGAGUUUGGCCUUCGAGAGAAUGAUUACGUGCUUGGCAAUCGUAAGUUUGGUGGAAAUGCUCAGUCUAUUACCAAAAAUAGGUGGGUUCACCAUACUUCUUUUUUAUGGGAUUAUGAGGUCGGUAACAUGGGUUAUCUGAAAAUGCCAACACGAGUUCCUGAAUAUCGACAGGCCAGGAACCAUGUGGAGUUUAUAUGCCGCUUGAAGGAGUUCAUGUCAAGGUCAAAUUUCAUUAAUGGAACCACGGAUGCAGUUGCCGCCUAUUUUGCAUUGAGAUCACCCGAUGCAGACGAUAUCCUGAAUCAUUCCUCUCAAUUUGAGCCGUCCAGUAAGCUAUUAACUCGACAGGAACUCGGAGAUGAAGCCUCUAUUGACCUGGUAGGUACCGUCUCUCAGGCGUUGUGAUAUAAAGCACUGGGGGAUGUUAAG